CGCGCACCGCUCGCGCACAUCCUCCCCCUCGACCCCCCCCCCACCCCCAUUCCACCCUCGCGAGGACGACCGACGACGAAUUCGAUGCCCGUCCACGCGCAGCUGAACGGGUUGUACACCGCCCCCGCGGACCCGACGGAGAUCCGCACGUUCCGCCCGGUCGGAUCGCAUCUGGGCGACAAGACGUCCGAGUGGUGGCUCGCGCGCGACCAGGACGUGUUCGUGCUCAUGCACAACGCGCUCCGAGGCGAGGUCACGAAGCUCGAGAGCGUGUUGUUCACGCUCGGGGAUAAGACGCUGAAGGAGUGGGAGAUUCAGGCGAUCCGGGACCACUGGACGGGCCACUACGAGAGCCUGAAGGAACACUUCAAGAUCGAGGACGAGAUCAUGCACCCGUUCGUGAAGACGCGCGUGGACAUCCUCGGCGACGCGUUCAGAGAGUCGCACGAGGAGCUCGCCGAGCUGGCGCACGCGGUGGACAGGACGAUCAACAACCACACGUGGGCGACGGCGAAGGAGCUCUCGCCGAGCCUUCACGCGUACAGGACGGCGUUGUGGCCGCACUUCAUCGAAGAGGAAAACAUCGUCAUCCCGCUCACGCGCGCGUACUUCACGCAGAAAGAAGUCGGCGACGCGUUCGGGACGGUGCUGCGGACGAAGAAAUCGAGCGCGGCGCGGCGACUCGUGCUCGGGAGCAUCGUCCAUCACCUCGCCGGCGGGAAGGAGGGCACGAUGACGUUUCUCGCGCGCUGCGGCUUCGAACGCUUCGCGUGGUACCAGGGUUGGCGAAAGUUGCGGGCGCACUACCGCGCGCGGAUGGAGUCCAAGCUCGAGUCGCUGCUCCAGGGCGAGGAGCUCGUGUGCAAGCACAAGGCGGAGAUGACGCACCUGCGCCGACUGAAGUCGCUGCCGAUCAGCGAGAGGAUCGUGCGGCGGCCGAGCGCGAGCGUGACGCUGAGCAUGGAUCUGAGGAACGAGAUGUUAUUCAACAAGGUGGACGCGCCGAGCGCGAGACCGGAGACGCCGCCGCCCGUGGCGAAGCUGGCGAAGAACCGCCGAGGGUCGAUGGACAGCAAUGAAGGCAGCGUGGGCAGGGUGAAGCGCGCGAUGGAGGACGUGGAGAGGUCGCGGGGGAAGAUGGACGCGAGGGUGGAGGUCGCCGCGAAAUGAUUGAUGACUCUAAUCGAUCCGAGGAAAUCGAUUCGAUCGAGAUAGAUUCGAUCGACGACGGACCGAAGGACAGACGCGGCGGGGACGUUCGUUCGUUCGUUCGUAGCCCUGAUUGACCAUGUAUGUAGUUGUACCUAUCAUAUCGAUAUACACGACGUACGUAUUCUAAUGAAUAAGGUUAUCAGUCUCGUCGGUCGCGCGUUCCCUGACUACUUUAACGCGUCGACCCGCGCACGCAACCCGACGGCGAGCACCCCUCCCUCGGCGGCGGCGCCGCGCCGGCGUCGUCCACCGCGUCCGCGAUGUCCCCCGCGAUGGCGUCCACCGCCGCGCUGCGGCUCACGGCGCUCAACGCCUCCAGCUCCGUCGCGUCGAAGCUCUCGACGACGGCGCCGCCGCACCGCGGGAUCGCGAGGUCCUCCCAGUUCAUCGGAAACCGACCGAACCGCGACGCGAGCGCGGCGCCUAAAUUGGAAUCCUCCUGAGCGAUGACGCCCGUGACGCGACCGUCCAUCUCCGCGCCGGAGCCUUGCCCGUGCACCUCGAGCACGCUCACGCCCGCGCGCGACUGCUCUCGGACCCAGGACAUGUACUGCGGCCACGCGAGCGGCGGGUUCGCGAGGUCCGGUCGCAGCACCGUCCACCCGCGCGCGCCCAAAAUCUGAUGAGCGUCGAGGGUCCACGCGAAGCGACAAACGAAUGUCGGGGUGGAGUUGAAAGGCGUCAGAAGCGGAGUCGAAAGGCGUCGAGGUGUGUCGGGAUUGAAACCAGCGAGGGGUGGGCGGAGAGAGACGCCGGGGUUAGAAGUCCUUAAGGAAUCGCGUUCAACACACCAACGGGGACGUAUGGGGACCAGUGUGAGG